AUGUCUCAAUUGCUUAAGAAACCAGUUAAAAUCGCCUUAAUACAACUGGCUAGUGGCGCGGACAAAUCUCUGAAUCUUGCGCACGCUCGCGAAAAGGUUCAUGAGGCUGCAUCGGCCGGUGCAAAAAUCAUUGUACUCCCUGAGUGUUUCAACUCUCCUUAUGGUACUCAAUACUUCCCCAAAUACGCGGAUACUCUCCUACCUUCUCCCCCCACAUCUGAACAAUCGCCCUCAUUUCACGCCCUCAGUGCGAUGGCCGCAGAGACCAACACCUACCUCGUAGGCGGUAGCAUUCCAGAAUACUCUCCUACCACCAAAAACCACUACAAUACCUCGUUAACAUUCUCCCCAUCUGGUGAAUUGUUGGCUACCCAUCGAAAAGUUCACCUAUUUGACAUUGAUAUUCCCGGGAAGAUCACAUUCAGGGAAUCGGAGGUUCUUUCUCCGGGCAAUCAUGUUACUAUGAUUGAUCUCCCAGAGUACGGUAAGAUAGCUGUGGCGAUCUGUUAUGAUGUCCGAUUUCCAGAAUUAGCUAUGAUCGCCGCGCGUAAGGGAUGUUUUGCCUUGAUAUAUCCUGGCGCCUUCAAUACUACAACGGGACCUUUACAUUGGAGACUACAAGGACAAGCAAGAGCUAUGGACAACCAGAUUUAUGUGGCCUUGUGCAGUCCCGCUAGAGAUGAAACUGCGAGUUAUCAUGCCUGGGGACAUAGUUUGGUCGUUGAUCCAAUGGCGCAGGUUCUUGUUGAGGCUGGCGAAACGGAAGAAAUUGUUUAUGCUGAGCUUGAUGGACAGAAAAUUGAAGAGACGAGAAAGGGAAUACCGAUACAGACCCAGAGAAGGUUUGAUAUAUACAAAGACGUCAGUGAAGACUUUCAAAACGGGGAUGAAGAGUAG